UUACAUGGUGUAGCCUGUAUGACAGCGAGAUUAAACUAGUUUGUUAUACAUUUAAGAGAAAAUUAACUGUGGUCAACAAAUUAGUACUCACUGUUUUCUAUUCGUAUUGGAUACAGAGGGUCACUCAUUCUCUUGGCAUUCGAGAGAAGGCGGCUCAGCGAUGUUACGUCACUGUGUUACAGGCUGGCUCAAGGGUUUGGGCAGCCCAUAAAGUGAGCGUGGAGCGCACAGUUCCUCGGAGAAAGAGGGAAUGUAUGGAGAGCUGCGCAGGACAAUAGCUGGAUUGAGAGGUCAGCCGUUUCUGAAAAGAAGUCUGGACCUGUCGUGUGUGAAGUAUCCUGGUGUUGCACCGAACUGCUGGACAUACCGUUGAUUGCAUUGCCUUCAAGGGACCAGCUUGACAUCGCCUACAAAUUGAAGGUCGAAACCCCACCUUGGUUAACAACCCUGCAUUAGUGUGUUUCACGUGAAGGCAAGGUGAAGAAGAGUUGGACAGAAAGAAGACAAUCAGAAAACAUGGCCGGAAACUCAGCACUGUCCUCAAGCGACAAGCGCUUUCUCAUCUUUUUCGACUUUGACGAGACCAUCGUGGAUGAGAGCAGUGAUGAUGUGGUGGUGCAGGCAGCCCCAGGGCAGUACCUCCCAGGCUGGCUGAAGGACACCUACCAGCCAGGCCACUAUAAUGAGUACAUGCAGCGUGUGCUGGCCUACAUGGCAGAGUCCGGGGUCACCGAGAGUGCCAUCCGUGCCAUCAUCGAAAAGAUCCCUGCCUCCCCUGGCAUGCUGACCCUCUUCAAGUUUCUGCGCACCCGACAGGACUUUGAGAUGGUGCUGGUGUCGGAUGCCAACACGUUCUUCAUAGAAUCCUGGCUCCGUCGCGUGGGAGCCCGCCAGCUUUUCGGCAAGAUUUUCACCAACCCUGCCACCUUCAACCAAGACGGACGUCUCAUGCUGCGCCCCUUCCACUCCCACGGCUGCCAGCGUUGCCCUGAGAACAUGUGUAAGCAGGUGAUAGUGAAGGACUUUGUCGCACGCAGAACGCAGGAGCGAGGGAAGGCGUUCCAGAGGGUGUUUUACGUGGGUGACGGUGCCAACGACUUCUGCCCAUGUCUGACCCUGAGCCCUCAGGAUGUGGCAUUCCCUCGGCGGGAUUAUCCCAUGCACCGGCUUAUCACAGAAAUGCACGAGGCAAGGCCAGGGGAGUUCAAGGCGGUCACUGUGCCAUGGGUCAGUGGGGAGGAUGUGAUUCUGCGACUUAGGAAGCUGGCAGAGGAAAAAUGAAUCUGAAAAAUGAAUCCCCCAUACACACACACCAUACACAGACACACACAAACUACUCUGAAGACACAUUCAUUCACGGAUAUAUACAUAUUUAAAAGAUGAUAUACUGUUAAUAUACACACACAUACAGCAAAUUAAACAAACACAAAACAUUUAAUGGCUCACACAAUCAGACUGCAAAAAAAGAGGAUCUUCUCACAGUUGGGACAGUUAGCAAGAGGCUCAGACCACCUCGUUAUGGUUCGGUCCAAAGGCCAAUCAAAGACAGAAGCCUAAUAAAAACAUCAACUCUGUCAAUGAUUAAGGAGAUCUUUACAGUAGUUGAUCGACAAGAUAGUAGACUAAUAAAUCUGACUUACAUUGACUAAAAAGGGAAAUAUUACUAAAGAUAAAUUAUUGACCAAGCUGUUUACCCUAGGUGUGUGUAAAUGGUAAAUUAAGAACCAAUAUGUGCCGCCAUUUAUCUGUGUUCUAUUGUUACUUUAAAACCAAGCCUUAUUGCUGUUGUGAUUAACUGCCACUUUGGGUCAGUGGGGCAAUCAUCCCUGUUACUGAUUGCCUUAUUCUUUGAUAAUGACUCUAUCUAGCCAGGGCAAUUUUAUUAUUAGCCAUUUAAGUUAUUAAUAAGAAACUGAUGCUUGCUCAAUUGUGUUGGAAAGUGGAAUACCAGUACUGGAAAUAUAUUAAGUUGCAAUGCUGCCAUCUACUGGCAAUUGUAUAAGCUGCACAUGCUUUUUGGAAGUGAAACAGUAAUGAGUAUACUCGUGGUAGGUGAAAUAUAAAACCCAAAUCAAUAAUAUUAGACCUAGAUUUAUAUUUAUAUAGGCUAGGAAACUGUAUAACUAAUGUACUGUGUGUUAUAAUUGGGUACAUUAUAAGUAUUAGCAUGUGAAAUCAUUAUUUGUAUGUUUGUAUCUGUGCGUCCAAUGUACUGUACUUAACACCAGCAGGAAUAUAAAGCCAUUCACUGAAAA